AAAGCAGGAGGCAGUCCAUCUCCUCAAAACCACCGCGAACGCUCAUGAAAGCGGCUGUGGUGGCGUUCACACCUCAGGCAUGUUUACUUUUAAACAAUAGGCGUUAAGGGUUGCACCAUCCGUCGUUACCAUGGCGACGCAUCGCGGCAGAAAGGAAACGGCCCGGAGGAAACCGCAGCCAAAGCGGCAGCUCAAGCCGGCCAAGGGCUCCAAGAAGCGGCCGCCGGCCAAGGUUCGGGGCAAAAGUAAGGUGAUGCGGGCCAAGAAGCGGGGACCGACCAAAGGACCUCGUGCUGCGGCUAAAAAGAAGAGUCGCACGAGUUCACAGCAAACCAGAGCUGUCAUCAGGAGAAAAUCUCCAAGACUGAAGAAACCUGCAGGGGUCAGGAGGAGUGGACAGAGCAAAAGCAGCAGAUCCACCAAACCUACAGGCAGAAGUGAGGCGUCUAAGAAGACGAGCGGCAUCCGCAAAAAGCUGGUCCAGAAGAAGACGAACAACACCAAGUCAAAGAAGCUCCUCAAGACCAACAAAAGCCGAGUGAUCUACUCAGCUGCAGUCAUGGAUGAGGACAGCGGCCUGGGAAUGACCGCCGACGAGGACAGCAACGGCAGCAUCAGUGACGCCAAACAGAGCCGAGACCCAUCGCUUCACUGCGGACGCAACAGUGAGUUUUUGAGGGGAUCUUUCCCUGUCAGCAGCUCAGGUCCAAAUGCGACCUGCAGAACUCCCUUCAGCACGUGGUCUAAUCAGUCGGAUGAGGAUGACUCUGAUGACGAAGAUGAAAGGGCAUCCAACAGCCGGCGGCCGCUCAGCCUCCGAACUGAGGGGCUUCUUGAAACUCGCAGGAACAAGUUGGCAGGAGGAGCAGGUCUGGCAGACAUUGACCCGAUGGCCAUCGACGAGUCUGUGGGGUUUGACAGCAUCGGAGGUUUAUCCGGUCACAUCUCAGCUCUGAAAGAAAUGGUCAUCUUCCCUCUUCUGUACCCAGAAGUUUUUGACAACUUCAAGAUUCAGCCUCCCAGAGGAUGUCUUUUUUACGGCCCUCCCGGGACGGGGAAAACGCUGGUCGCCCGGGCGCUGGCCAACGAGUGUAGCCAGGGCAACAGGAAGGUGGCCUUCUUCAUGAGGAAAGGAGCCGACUGCCUCAGCAAAUGGGUCGGAGAGUCAGAGCGGCAGCUGCGGCUGCUCUUUGAACAGGCAUACCUGAGGCGCCCAUCCAUCAUCUUCUUUGAUGAGAUCGACGGCUUGGCUCCAGUGCGAUCCAGCAGACAGGAUCAGAUCCACAGCUCCAUAGUCUCGACGCUGCUCGCUUUGAUGGAUGGGCUGGAAAACCGAGGGGAAGUGGUGGUGAUCGGCGCCACAAACCGUUUGGACUCCAUCGAUCCGGCUCUGCGGCGGCCCGGACGCUUCGACAGAGAGUUCCUGUUCGGUUUGCCCGACAAAGAGUCACGUAAGGAGAUCCUAAAAAUUCACACCCGGCAGUGGAAGCCUCCUCCCUCUGAAGAUUUUCUGGCUGAACUGGCAGAGAAAUGUGUUGGUUACUGUGGCGCCGACAUCAGGGCAGUGUGCACAGAGGCGGCGCUCUGCGCUUUGCGCCGCCGGUACCCGCAGAUUUACAGCACCUCCCAGAAGCUCCUGCUGGACGUCUCCUCCAUCUCCGUCAGCAGCUGCGACUUCGUGGCGGCAAUGAGGAAAAUGUCCCCCGCCUCCCACCGUUCUGCCGCCACCCCCGCCAAACCCUUGUCACCCGUGGUCCAGCCUCUGCUCGGUGGUGCUCUCCUCCACGUCAUGGAGGCUCUGCAGCGGCUGUUUCCACACGCAGAGCAGGGCAUGAAGAGGAAAAGAGAGCCGGAUCUGACGUCGGGCAUCCUUGAUGACGGCCUGAUGGGUGGAGUGGAUAACAACACUGCCACCUCUAACAUCUCUGUGCCUUCUCCAAACAAGAACUUCCUGCACUUUGCCAGGAGUGCGGUCAAACAGCCGACCUCCCACCGCCCUCGGAUGCUCUUGGUGGGCCGCCCCGGUUCUGGUCAGACGUCCCAUCUGGGCCCAGCGGUUCUGCACGCUCUGGAGCGAUUCACCAUCCACAGCCUGGACUCUGCUGUGCUGUUUGGAGUCAGCAGCACCUCCCCAGAGGAGGCCUGUGCACAGGUGUUCUGCGAGGCCAAGCGGACAUCUCCCAGCAUCCUCUACAUGCCUCACAUCCAGCAGUGGUGGGACACCGCAGGGCCCGCUCUGAGGGCCUCCUUCCUCAGCCUGUUGAACAGCAUCCCGUCCUUCUCUCCCAUCCUCCUGCUGGCCACCUGCAGCCUCCCUCAUCAGCAGCUGGACCCAGAAAUUCAGCUUCUUUUCCGGGAGGAAUACGGGGAAGUUUACACCAUAAAAGUUCCCACCAAGCAGGAGAGAACAGAGUUCUUUCAGGAUCUUAUUCUCAACCAGGCGGCCGAGGCUCCACCCUCCAAAAAGAAAUCCCGGACUCAGGACCUGGAGAUUCUCCCUCUGGCUCCUCUGCCUCCCCCGCGGCAGAUGUCGGAGCAGGAGCGCCUCAUCCUGGAGGAGAAGGAGGAGGAUGUCCUGAGGGAUCUCCGCCUCUUCCUUCGGAACAUCGUAGAGACCCUGUUAGUGGACCGUCGCUUCAAGAUCUUCAGCAAGCCUGUUGACAUAGAAGAGGUUCCAGACUACAUGAUGGUGAUCAAGAAGCCCAUGGACCUCUCCACGCUGCUGACCAACAUCGAUGAGCACAAGUACAGCACCAUCAGGGAGUUCCUGGCAGACGCAGAUCUCAUCUGGAAAAAUGCUCUGGAGUACAACCCGGACAGUGACCCUCUGGACCGUCAUAUCCGACACCGUGCAUGCGCGCUGAAGGACAGGAUCCAAACUUUCAUCAGGGACGGACUGGGUGAAGACUUCAUGAGUCUCUGUGAGGAGAUCAAGAAGUCUCGCAUCCAGAGAGCAUUGUCGCAUGGAAUCGAGCUGAGGGGGCAGGAGAGAGGCUUCUGCAGCUCUGCGUUUCCCAGGAAAACUGCUGGACUUGAAGCACAUCACAAAAAACGAUUUAGACGUCCUCGAAAAUCUAAAUGGAGCUCUGGUGUCAUUAAGAAGCCCCCGAAAAAAAAGUCCCCCGCCCUCGCCUCCCCGUCUUCCUCCUCCUCCUCCUCCUCGUCCAGCAAAGCCAGCUCUGACUCGAGCGUGGAGGAAGGCCGGGCCGCCGCCACCAGCUCGUCUGAGAGCAGCGAUGGAGAGCGCAGCUUCCCGAAAACCUCCGACAUUUACCGCACCAAAGCACCAGCAGCCUCCAUGAGCAAGCGCCGCUACCACGAAACGCUUGACCUCUAUCUCGCCGGCCGCGCCCACCGCCAGGGGAUGAACUGGCGACAUCAGAACGGGCCCUCAGGGACCGCCGGGACCCCACAGAAGAUGUUGAAUGGAAUUUGGUUAAACAAAUUGGAGCAAAGCAAACACGAGACCAGAGCCAACAAGGCUGCUUUGGAUCAAGUGCAGCAGUUUAACAAGGACAGAUCUGCUGAGGUCAGCAGCGAUAAACCACCUCCGCCGGCCGUCAAUCGCAACAAACUGAAGACUCUUCUGGACAGGGCUGUGGCCAAAACAGAGGGCGCCGAGGUGGAGCCUCUGGAGAAGCUUUACGCCCUGCUGGCUCAGUGUAUCUACAGACACAGGGACAGCAACAACAAGGCAGAGCUCAUUGAGGAAAUGAAAGCAGAAAUCAACAACUUCUCCUGAACCCUUUCAAUAAAACCCCCAUUCAUUUAA